ACCGGCCUUUUCCAGUCUCUUUGCCCAUGUGAUCCUCUCUCGAACCCCUCAAACCCCCCUCCCCCCCUCACAAAUCACAGCCACAGCAUCGACAGCAACCCGCCCUCCGCUGCUUCCAGCUCUCGAAAAUUUCAAAAGCUAAUGGUGGUUUUCUGAUGGUUAAAGCUUCAACCUUUCUGCAGCUUCAGCAUCUGGGUCUUCUUGCGUUCGCCGAAAUCUCCGUCCUUUUGAUCGAAAGAUGAGGCCUUUGAGCAGUUUGGGCACUGGGCUGACCUUGGUCUCCUCUUUCCUCCUCCUCGCUCUACUCGCCGAGCUCUGCUACUUGCUAUGGUGGAAAAAGAGAACACCCAACAGGGAAAUCUCAGAAAAGGCGGAGGAGGAGGAGGAAGAAGAAGAAGAAGAGGAGAGCUUCAAAAGCCCAGCAAGAGAGCUCCUUUACUUCUUCUGCUGGAAAAAGCCAAACUCCUUAGCCUCAUCAGCCCUCAACCCUCAAGAGAUCCCAAACGCGCCAUCUAAUGACGCCUUCAUUAAUCCUUUUGGAGGAGGAGGAGGAGAAGAAGAAGGGAUGGAGGCGGAGCUCAUGAGGCUCCACUCCCUCUCCGGGCCCCCGAGAUUCCUCUUCACCAUCAAAGAGGAGACCAAAGAGGAUUUGGAGUCCGACGAUGGCAAAUCAAGAAGGGGGAGGAGCUUGAGUGACAUGCUGCAAGUUUCUGACCAAACUCCCCCGUUUUUGACUCCUCUGUCGUCUCCUCCUUUCUUCACUCCGCCGCUAACCCCAAACCCUCUUUUCGACGAGGUGGGUAAUUGCAAUUAUUAUAAUAAUAACAGGACGGUUAAGUCUUCACCUCCUCCGAAGUUCAAGUUCUUGAGGGAUGCUGAGGAGAAAUUGUAUAUGAGGACGCUGAGAGAGGAAGCUACGAAGACUACUCACGUUCCUAGUUCAAAGGGUUUAGAGGAGGAGGAUGGGUCUUUUAUCACAAUUUUUAUUGGGAAAAACCCCCCGAGCUCUUCGCAGAUGCAUUUAUUAGCGACGAUUAAAGAAACAAUUGCCACGAAUCGAAAUACAGUCCUUGCAAUUGCAACGAAGCAAACGAUCCUCGACUAUGAAUGGUUUCUAGAAUCAGAAGAUGGUUGGCAGCUGGAACCAAUUGAGUGUUGCAAUGUUCGAGCCCUUUGAUUUUUCUUUCACGCAGAGAAGAUUAGGUAUUAAUGACCGAAGGAUGCAAUAAUUUUUGGUAUCAAUCAUGUGAUUAGGUGAGACAAAAGAGGUACCAUUUGUGCCUCAACAUCUCUUGCUUGUAGUGAAGUCACUGGAGUGGUUACUCUUUAAGUGCAACCAAUUUUAAAAUUUUACUGUUAGCAUAAGAAUGAGCAAUGGAUAAGGAGAAAAUUUGGAGCUCAUUUGUGUUAACUUUGAGAUGGAAAUAGAGUAAUCAAAGUCACACUAUAUGGUGGGCCAAAAGUUUGAUUGAUUGAUUGGUUUUUGGAAUAGAGGCAUCUUCAUCAAAUCAAUGUUUUUAGUUUUUUAGC